AAAGCUCUCUUCAUUGAUUAAUACUUAGUGAGUUUGCUCAUUUUUAUAAUUUUUACUUCAUCUAAAGAAACAUAAUAAGCCCUCAGAGUCUGAACAUGCCCUAAAAAUGGCAUGAAUGUUGUGUUUGCUCUCAAUUGGUAAUACGUGCGUUCUCAAUUAGGGUCCAAAUUUACUGCCAAUACUGCAAAUGCUACAAUAGUAAGUUAGUUAUGUGCACUAUAGAUUUUCAGUACAUUAUAGAUUGGCAAUUUUGGAACACAGCCUGGUAUUUCCAUUAUGUGGACUUGCCAAUCAGAAGAGAGGAUGGAGGGAUAGAUUCUGAUAUUCUAGGAUUCUAGAAACCAAGAUUAAUUAAGAAAGAAGAAAAAAUUCAAAUUUGUUGAUAACUUUACAGGAAGCGUGAAUACUACUGUCGACAAUGUACAUGCAUAGUUGUACGUAGUCCAAAUUGUACUUUUGUGCUGUCAUCAUGUCGUUUAUGUCGUCUUCAGUAGGGAUGUGCGCGCGAAGAAUAAACAAACAGCUGUUAGCGCACAACACUUCGGUUAUUAAACAAAUGGUUCGAAAUUUGGAGGUGCAUGAACAUAUGGCGUACACUUUAUUAAAAGAAGCUGGCAUUCCUACCCCGCCUUUCUGGGUGGCAAAGACAUCCGACGAAGCUGCCACUCUGGCCAAGAACCUGAAUACGAAGGACAUCGUGCUGAAAGCGCAAGUUCUGGCUGGAGGUAGAGCGAAGGGACAGUUUAGGGGUAGCAAGGUUAGCGGCGUCGUAAUGUGCGAUACAAUCGACCAGGUAAAAGAAUUGGCAGAUAGUAUGAUCAACAAGAUACUUGUGACUAAACAGACGGGAAAAGCUGGAAAGAUAUGCAAUUCUGUGAUGGUGACAACGCGUAUGUUUCCACGUAAAGAGUAUUACAUGGCGGUGAUGUUGGAACGUACCUUCGAUGGGCCUGUAAUAAUCGUUUCCAAGCAAGGUGGAGUAAAUAUCGAAGACGUCGCUGCUACGAAUCCUGAAGCUGUAAUAUAUGUACCGAUCGAUGUGAAAAAAGGUUUAACACCUGAGCAGGCGAAUAGCGUCGCUGAUAAACUGGGACUCGUGGGGAACAGCAAGGAGAUCGCGUCGAUCGUCGCCUCCAAUCUUUACGACUUAUUCGUUGAGAAGGACGCCCUACUACUCGAGAUUAAUCCGUUCGCAGAAGACAUCUGUGGUCAAUAUUACGCUCUGGAUUGCAAAUGCAAUUUUGACGACAGUGCUUAUUUCCGGCAGAAAGAGUUGUUCGCCAUGAAAGACAUAACCCAAAUGGACCCGAAAGAGGUCGAGGCGGAGAAAUACAAAUUGAAUUACAUAGCUCUCGACGGAAAUAUUGGCUGCAUGGUGAAUGGAGCCGGACUGGCGAUGGCCACUAUGGAUAUCAUAAAAUUUUACGGCGGUAUGCCGGCAAAUUUUUUGGACGUCGGCGGCACCGCUACAGUCGAAACAGUGACGGAAGGUGGAAGCUAUUUUAGUGAAUAUUUUUGGCGGCAUAAUGAGAUGUGAUAUAAUUGCUCAAGGGAUCAUAGACGCUGCGAAAGAGUUGAAUCUGAACGUACCCAUAAUCACACGAUUACAGAGAUUGGUGCAGUGACUCUAAUUGUUCUACAAACAUUCCAAAAGAGUAAUUCCUCCACGGCUGUCGCUCAGGCAAAGAUGGCUACCAUGUUGUCGCGGGCGAUCUCACUCGCGGAAAAUCUCGGUCGACUGAGCAGUCCCAAGAUAUUAGCGUGCAAUACUAGCUUGGUCAAACAACCGGCUAGGAAUUUGAACGUUCAUGAACACAUUAGCUACAGUUUACUCAAUGAGGCUGGCGUACCGACACCUAAAUUCGGCGUCGCCAAAACUCCUGACGAAGCAGCUAAACUCGCUACCGAUUUGAAAACAAAGGAUAUCGUCUUGAAAGCCCAAGUCCUCGCUGGUGGCAGAGGAAAAGGACAUUUCAAAGGAACGAGCGUUAGCGGUGUGAAGAUGUGUGAAACUCCAGAAGAAGCUAAAUCGUUGGCGGGUCAAAUGCUUGGCAAACUACUGAUUACAAAACAGACUGGCGAAGGUGGCAGAAUAUGCAAUGCCGUGAUGGUUACUCAGCGAAUGUUUCCCCGUAAAGAGUACUACCUUGCUGUCAUGAUGGAAAGAGCCUUUGGUGGUCCUGUCAUAAUAGCUUCUAGUCAAGGUGGGGUAAACAUCGAAGAAGUUGCAGCGACAAAUCCUAGCGCUAUCAUGUACGAACCUAUCGACAUCAAUAAAGGAAUUACGAAGGAACAGGCGGAACGUAUAGUAGCCAAGCUUGGCCUCGAUAACGUAAAGGAUUACAUUUCCAAUAUAAUUAUAAAUCUUUAUAAAAUGUUCCUCAAGAAGGACGCUCUUCUUUUGGAAGUGAAUCCUCUUGCUGAAGAUAUAAACGGGAAUUACUUUGCUCUGGAUUGUAAAUGUCGGUUUGACGACAAUGCUGAGUUCAGGCAAAAAGAACUCUUUAAUUUGAGAGAUUGGACUCAGGAGGAUUCUAAAGAAGUCGAAGCUGCGAAAUUCGAUUUAAAUUACAUCGCGCUCGAUGGCAACAUAGGUUGUAUGGUGAAUGGAGCUGGUUUAGCCAUGGCUACGAUGGACAUUAUAAAAUUACACGGUGGCGAGCCGGCUAAUUUCCUCGACGUUGGCGGUGGUGCGUCGACUUCGGCGGUGAAGGAAGCAUUUAAGAUCAUCACUUCUGAUCCACGAGUUCAUGCUCUCUUAGUUAAUAUCUUCGGGGGCAUCAUGAGAUGUGACGUUAUAGCAGAAGGUAUUAUCGCCGCAACUAAGGAAUUAAGCUUAAAAAUUCCCGUCGUUGUAAGAUUGCAGGGUACUAAUGUGGAUGAAGCCAAAGCUUUGAUCGCGAAUGCGGGUUUAAAAAUUGUACCAAUCGACGAUCUCGACGAGGCCGCUCGGGUGGCGGUAAAAUUAUCGACCAUUGUUAAAUUAGCUCAAUCUGAAAAUCUCAGUGUGAACUUCGAAAUACCUGCAAUUUCAUAGGUAGCGAAAAAAUAAUUGAUAAUAUAUUACUAAGACUAUUUUUGCCGAGAAUAUGUAUUCAAUCGUUAAAAGAUUUCAGGAAUAUCUGAAAGUAAUAACUACAGUAAUAACUUUAUAUGCGUAAUGUAUUCUCGUCAAAGAGUAAUAUUUUACACAGUUCGACUUUUUGCGUAACUUUACAGAAAGAGAAAAAGAAUAAAAAGUAGAAUAAUUUUGGACAAGUCUGUGACAUACAAAAGUGAUACGACUGGAAGACAUGAUAAAAUAUGUAAAACGAAAUAAUGUAUUAUUUUAUGUGUGUGUGUGUGUGUGUGUGU